GGACACGAAGGUUUAAGGCGUUGCGCGUCUCUGCGGUCUGUUCCAACGCCACGGCUUCAUUUUCCCGUCAGGACGUUUGACGUCCGACCUGCGGCCUCAGCAGAGGAAUCAUUUCAGAUUCGACGUUUUUCGUCAAGACUCGAGAAAACGCGGAAGUCUGAGAUUUCUGCCUCGUUUGUUCCUGUCAAGCCGCAGCAGCACAUCCGUCACGUGACCGCUGGGAUGCGGAGGCGCAUUUCGCUGGCGGCUCGCGUCGGUUUAGAGUAAAACUGUGGAGUUUUCAGAUUCUCGCCUGACGUCGUGGUAAAAUACGCGUGCGGCCGCCGUGACCGAAGAUUGCCGCACUUUUACUAACCGCUAGGUGGCUAAUGCGGGCUAACCAGCUAGCCAGCUGCAGGCUAACGUCAGCGGAGCUAGUUAAUAGACCAGCAGCUAACACUAAGUGGCACCGUUUGCUUCUACGGCGUAUUAUUUGUUUUAUUCACAAUUCCUAGCAGGGCUCGGUUCGGUCCAAUACCGUCAAACAGCAGUUCGUUGAGCUCCCUUCGUCAGGAGCCAUGGAGAGAUUAGACACCGCAUCAGAGCUCCAGUCGCGGCUGUCAUCGCUCUCCCUCUCGUCCUUUCCCGGAAUAACGUCCGAGCAGUGCGACAACACGCCGCUGGACAGGCUUCAGAGUACAGACCUCUCCCAGAGCUUCACCCAAAGCAAGGCGAGCAUGGAUGGAAGCAGGGAGGAUCCGGGGCAGCGUCCAGAGGAUAAUAAAGAGGCCUCUGCUGAUCCGGCCCUGGGGGAAGGAGGUGAAGAGAAUAACAGUGCUGGGAGCUGUCAACUCUCUGCGGAGGUGAAAGCCCAGGUGCAGCCCCUCCCACCUCCCACCACAUGGACGUCUGCUGAGCUGAAGGAGCUGAAGGCGAGGCUUCGGCCGGAGAAGGACAGCGUGGUGACCGUGUACCGCGGCGACAUCAUGACCGUGAACGUUCCCACCGUCCCCGAGGCCAAGCGGGUGUGCUGGGAGUUCGCUACGGACGGCUACGACAUCGGCUUUGGCAUUUACUUUGACUGGACUCCUGUCACGAACCGCGCCAUUACUGUGCACAUCAGCGAAUCGAGUGACGACGAAGACGAAGAGGAGGAGCCCGAAGCACCCGGCAGUAAUGGUGACGUGGAGAAGGGAUCCAAAGCACAAGCCAAAUCCAACCUGGCUGAAAUCCUACCUGUGUAUCGCCAGGACAGCCACCUGUCUGUCCAUGGGGGGAGCCACGACUUUCCAGGUGAAGGCACGUACCUGCUGAAGUUUGACAACUCCUACUCACUAUGGAGGAAUAAAACUCUUUACUACAGGGUUUAUUACAGUGCCUGAGUUUCCCCAUUUACUGCUAAAGAAUGUAUCACUCACAGAAGAAUAUUCCUCCUAAGAACUAUUUUUUAUUUCUUCUUUAGAAACGUGAAGUUACAAUAACAGAGGAUUAAAUACAGCAUAUCUAUUUUUACAAUCGCCUUGAGUUGCCACGUGUUGACUUUGUGCUUACUGUCAGUUCUGACACCUGCUCCAAUGUUUUAUCACUGCCUGAAAAGCCUUGGUUUGCCAUGUUUCCGUGUCUUCUGCUGUAACAUUUUUUAUGGUAGCAGUAAUCAGGGAACACCUGCUUUGAGUUUAUUUCACCAGACAGGAGCUUAAUCAGCUGCGAUUCCUCUGUUGUGUUUGUGUGAGCUUGUGUGUUUCUGAUUUUUUCCGCUGCCUUGUUGUUAUAUUUACAUUUCAGCGUUGUAUUAUCUCUGUUGACUCAGACCAUGUGUUGAUGGAGGGUAACGUCGUAGUAGUAAGAGAUUUGAAUGUUCUGAAAGAAUAGUUACUGUGCUUUUAAUGACAUGAAGCUGUUAUUGUUAUUAUAGAUUUGAAUUUAUAAUUUGCUGUUUCAGAGGUAGGAAGCAGUCGUGAUGUUUCAUCCAAAUGUGUUUUGUGCGCAGGUUUUUGUAAGUGAAGGUCACGUCACUGUGUUUGCUUUUGAAUAUCCUGAUGUGUCAGGUUUACUUUGCAUUUGAUUGUGCUGAACAGCUUUGCGCCAUGUUCUUUGUAAAGUCGACGCUUCUGCCAUAAUCACACACGAGCAUGUUCCAAAGACCUCACAGCCUUGUACACUAGAAAGCAAAUGGUUUGAAGCUUCCCACGUUUGCUGUACUUUUACUGUAAGUCACGGUGAUGUCUGUUUCUGAAAUUUAUACUCCAAAAUAAAGAGGCUAUUGUUUA